ACUCCCCACACCAAACCCGCUCAUAGACGGCCGUAUUAACUACUAACUAUCCACCCUUUUUCCUCUGCCGGCUUUCUGGUUUUCUCCUCUGAUUUGCCACCUCGCUCUCUUCCAAAAACAAUCUUCUCUUGUCGCCAUUUUUUCCUCCCUUUAUAAACUCCAUAUCCCUCACAUCUGAUUGGAGGAGGACCAAGUCAUUCUAAAUAGUUUCCCAUUAUUUCAUUACUAGCUAUAGUUCAUUGGUCCAUUAUUCCUUUUUUCUAUCUUCCUCCUCCUUUAUAGCCUUUAAUCUCUACACUCAUCAGAGUGAUCUUUCCUCAAUUUUUUUGUCCCUCGAGGUGAACUAUCUAAUCUUCCUUAUUUCAUGGCGAAAUCUUCCAAGCAGAAAACAAGUUCCACUACCACCACCACCACCACCAGCAUUGACGCCGAUAAUAAUAAUAGUAGCAAUAGCAGUAACUCUACUAAUCCCGUUGUCAAAACCACCAAAACUAAGCGAACCCGCAAGAGCGUGCCCAGAGAUUCUCCACAGCAACGAAGUUCUGUUUAUCGGGGUGUUACCAGACACCGGUGGACUGGCCGGUAUGAAGCUCAUUUGUGGGAUAAGAACUGUUGGAAUGAGUCGCAAAACAAAAAAGGAAGACAAGUUUAUCUUGGAGCUUACGAUGAUGAAGAAGCGGCGGCACAUGCAUAUGACUUGGCAGCAUUGAAGUACUGGGGACAAGACACAAUUCUCAAUUUUCCUCUCUCGACGUAUGAAAAUGAGCUCAGCGAAAUGGAGGGUCAGUCUAAAGAAGAGUACAUUGGAUCAUUGAGAAGAAAAAGCAGCGGGUUUUCGAGGGGUGUCUCCAAAUAUAGAGGAGUGGCAAGACACCAUCAUAAUGGGAGAUGGGAGGCCCGAAUAGGAAGAGUCUUUGGCAACAAGUACCUUUACCUUGGAACAUAUGCUACACAAGAAGAAGCAGCGACUGCAUAUGACAUGGCAGCAAUAGAGUACAGAGGACUUAACGCCGUUACUAACUUUGACCUUAGCCGUUACGUCAAGCGGCUAAGACCAAACCAAACUGGCAACGGUGUCAAUAACGUUGCCAGCUCCGAACAAUACCCUAACGUUGACCUCGAAGUUAAUGUUAAUCCAAUCAAAGAUGAUGCUAGUGAAGAAGUGGAUUUAAGCUUCAUCCAUCAGCAGCAACAACAACAAAGCUCUAGCUCGCCCGACACCUCCACCACUACCAGCACCACCGCGCCACAGCCAUGUCCAGGUGGCGGUGCCACCACCGCUUCGUCCGCAUUAGGGCUUCUCCUGCACUCAUCCAAGUGCAAGGAAAUGCUCGAGCGGACAUCAGCCGUUGACAGCCCUUCGACGCCUCCUGAACAGCCAGAGCCGCCGCGGAGGAGCUUCCCUGAUGAUAUUCAGACGUACUUUGCUUGUCAAGACUCGGGCAACUUUGCCGACGAACAUGACAAUAUUUUUGGUGACUAUAAUCCAUUUGCAUCAACUAUGUUCCCAUGUGAGCUUGAUGCAUAGCAGAAGAGUCGACGCAAAUAUAUAAACGGUGGCUUCUCAAGAAUUAAAUGUAGAAUUAUAUAUCGAUUUUGUGAAUACAAAGGUUGAAGACAGCGGCUGAGAAAUGAUAAGUAAGGCGACAAAAAAGAGUCUUAGGCUUCCAAUUAUUAUUAUCGAGUUUUUAGUUAACACGGUGCUUCCACGCUCUUCCCAUCUGCAAUAUUGGAAGAGAAGAGUUUUUCUUUCCUUUUUACUUUUGUCUGUUGGUUUGUUUGUUUUACUUUGGUUGUUAAUGUAGAUAGGUUGGGUAUAGACAUUCAUUUAUCAGUUGCAUUGAUAAAAUUUUUGUAGCCAAUUAAGGGCAUUUAUUCUUC